AGUUCAGCUGAGAGUUUAUUCGUUAAGCACGUGUACGGACUGCCAAAAAUUCUUAUUUUGUAGAAUUUUGAAAAAGUGUAGAAUUUUUCAAUAGAAUGAUGUAUACGGAACAAACAGAUUUUAUAAUAGAACUACUGAAUGUCUAUCGCAGUUUGCCGGCAUUGUGGGAUGUAAAUAGCAAGGACUACAAGACGUUAAGCGUUAAAAAUGCUCAAUACGAUAGGCUUUUAUUAAAAUUCCAAGAAAAAUAUCCAAACGCCACUAAAAAGUGUUUAUCAAAGAAAAUUAAUAUUUUACGGACGAAUUAUAGGCGUGAAGUGAAACGUAUGAGAGAACUGGAAAAAAGCGGUAAAAAAGUAGACUUUACGAGAGCAAAUUUGUAUUACUUUAAUGCAAUGGAUUUCCUCAGAGACGUUAAGCCUUUAUGUAGUGAUAACUGUAUCAAUGCAGACCAACGCAUGUAUAAACAACAACCGCAAGAAGCUGUAAAUAUUAAAGAAUAUAAUUUAGCGCCCAAAAAAAUUAAAUUGUUGACUCCCACAAAAUCGUACUUAAAUAAAUCAUCAAAUAAUGACUUAAGUAAUUCACUAAUUGAAAAUUUCAAUGAAUCGUCGAUUGAUGAUGCGGAAUUUAUAACAGAUGACACACCUUCAGGUUAUGCAGGUAGUAUCAAUGAACAAACGCCACAACUAGAGGAUUCUAAAGUUAAUAUUAAUUUCAAUAAUAAAAAUAUUGAAUUGAUUACUGAUAUAAAAUCUGAUUUAAGUAAGUCGUCAAAUGAUAACUUAAAUAACUUGCCUAUUGAUGACUUAACCGAAUCAUCGAUGGAUGACAGGGAAUUUCUUUUGUGCACAGAUAGUAUAAAUGAGCAUGCAAAAACCUAUAAACAACAAUCGUAUAAAACAACUAGCUAUAGUAGUAAGACUGAAAAAAUUAAAAAACAAAGUGAACCGAUUUCUCCAACUGCAACGCAUUUUAAUAAAUCCUCAAGUGAUAUUAAUUCAAAAAUUGCAGAAGUCUGGGCUCACGAAUUGUCCGAUAUGGAAGAAAGACAAAAAUUAUUAGCAAAAAAAUUAAUAAACGAUAUCAUAUUCAAUGGGCAUAUGGGUCUAUUAAAUUAUAAUACUUCUUUAUCCAAUCUCAACAGUAUUUUAUCUCCAACAAGUUCACUUUCUUCGAUUUAUGAGGAGACUCCGCGUAACUCGGGACAAAAAUCGGUACAAAAAAGAAAGUGCACCAGCAAUUACCGCUAUCACAAAUAUAAAUAGAUCAAAUGUAUAUAAUGUUAGACCUUUUAAAAUUUACUUUAAAAUA